AAGUCAAGUUUUGGUGUUGAGGGUGAAAAGGGGGGAGUACGGAAAGGAAAAGGUCUAAAUGCAUUCAAAUUCCUGUCUAUUAUUUAUUUACAAUAAUUUCUGCGCUUGAUUGAACCCUGAAACAAUUACAUUUCUUUCUGAGGUUUCCCAGAAUCCUUUAUUGCGUUACUGUAUACUUCUGUGGCCAUAUGGCUUUGGCUCAGGCUGUCCUUCCCUCGUUCAGUCAGUUCUCAAACUUUUCUAACUCCACUGAAGACAUGAAGGUGUGGAAGUUUGAUAAUGGCUCCAUCAGUUUGGAUACUCAUGAGAAAAAGGCAGCUGUUGUAACCCAUAGCAUCCACCAACAGGAACUAUUGCAGUCUCUGACAGAGGAGAAUCCUGAGGAUGGGAAUGGGGCCUGCUGGGAUACGGAGUUCCUGCUGUCUGAGUGGGACAGUCCAUCCCCCGAGCCAAACCCUACUCUGGACUACAGCUCACAGCGGAUCAUGCUUCAGGAGCAAAAUGGAUGGUGCCACAUGAAUGUACAGGAGGGAAGUUGUCAGAAAGAGCAGGAUUUAGCAGACGGGUUCAAUGUAAGCAACAGCAACCUGAUGGCUGAGUUGCUUUUACCUGCUGAAUCCCUCAGCUCUGCUCAAUCAGAUCUCUACCACAGAGGGUAUGGUGGGGAACAAGAGAAGCCCUACCCAUUGCAUGCCCCGGUGGACCAGUUUGGCUUCUCUGUGGGGAGUAAUCUGGAAAGGAGUGGAGACAGAGUUGCAAUGUGCCAGAGCAAGGGGAAGCAACAGGACUACGGACACUACUACUCCCAUCCAACCCCUACGAUAUCCUUUCCUGACACCCAGUUCCUCCAAGCACCAGCUUUAGACACUGACACCUCAUUAAUUUCCCCUCAACACUACAGCUUUCCAAACUACCCGUACCCUGAGUUUUACCAAAAUCAAAGCCCUUACACCCACUAUCGCACCCCUGGCCUGUUUUCCCCUCCAAAAACCCACUUAUCAGUCUCAUCUCCGCCCCCUGUUGGCCCGGAAGGAAAGCACAUUCGCAAGACUGUCACGAAGAAACGGACCGCCAUUCACUGUUGUGAGUACCCCGGCUGCACCAAGACCUACACCAAGAGCUCUCACCUGAAGGCACACCUCCGUACUCACACAGGUGAGAAGCCCUACCGCUGCACGUGGGAGGGGUGCGGCUGGAAGUUCGCCCGCUCCGACGAGCUGACGCGGCACUACCGCAAGCACACCGGCCAGAAGCCCUACGAGUGCGCGCUGUGCCAGCGGGCCUUCUCCCGCUCAGACCACCUGGCCCUGCACAUGAAGAGACACACCUGAGAGGGGGGGAGGGAGAGGGGGAGAGAGGGGGGAGUGGGA